AUGGAGGAUAAAGUCAAGCGCAAGAAGAGGAAAAUCAAGCACGAGAGUAUCGAGUCUGGAAAGCAGAUUACUGUAUGGAUUAGGGAAAUCAUCAGAUUCGACCGUGACGGACAAGCUACUCUUUCACCUUCCCAUGGUCCAUACGUAUUAGAAAUAAAUGAACCUUUUGAAACCCUAUUUCAAGCUUGGGAGAGAGAAAAUGAUGAAAUUGUACCUUUCAAAUCAUGGUUCUAUGCCAAAUAUCCAUCGAAUCAUCCUACUCCAUUUUCGAGACCGAAGAAAGGACAGAAUGAACCUCAGCAACUUGGACGAGAUCAAACCCCUUUUUCGAUCAACUUGCAAGAUGGAGCGAUAAUCUUCGCUAGAUCUCUGAUUAUCCUCCCGCGACCAAACAUCGAGAAACAAUGA